GACGGGCGCGAACCACCACCUCUUCGGCGACCUCCUGUAUUGCGCCUUCAUCCUGAUCUUCGUUUUCCCCUUGGUCUGGGAGAUGUCAGUUGAGAUGGACAGGGCCGGCAUCCCACAGUACGACGGCAGGCCAGAGCAUUUCACAGAGUAUGUUGAGCGCUGUUGGGCCUUCUACUACGGCCAAGAAGGUCUCAGCUGCCCAGCAGACGAAGCGGUACGGAAACUCAAGCACGGAGACCUCCUGACACCAGAUGAAAGAGGCAAUGCCGUUGGCGAUGUAAUUCUGUUGUUACUGACGGGGCUGAAGAAGGACGUUCAAGAGAUUGCGCCAGUUCGGACGACGGAGAUCUUCGACGCGGCUCUGUACGGCAGUACCGUUUGGCGCGGAAGAGACAAGCCAAUGGCCAACUACGUGGCACGACGCCGCAAUGAGUUCGCCGAGCUGAAGGAGGCCAGCUCAGACAUUACCGUCAGCGAAGACAUUAGCACCGCUCUUGUAUUACGUAUUUCUGGUAUGAGCAUGAAUGAACAAACCGCAGUACUAGUCAGCAGCAACGAUCAGUGGACCAUCGUGGGCAUAAGGUACGAGGAUGACGACCGCAACUGCGCUGGCAGCGAGUUGGGCGACCAGGCGUACGUCGAGGACGGCCAGGAGUUCGACGACGGCAACUACGAGAGAUGCGAGGAGGAAGGGAGCGACCUCGACGCCUACCUGGCCGACGCCAACGUCGGCGACCUGCCCCCAGAGGAGUGCGAGGCGCUCGCCCUGGCCAUGCAGAGUCGCGACAAAAUCUUCAACGAGAAGCGGAG